GCUUGCCGGGCGCCCGAACCCUCCACAUCCGACCGCCACUAUAGUGUCCUCCUAGAGUACCGAUCCACUUCAUUAGCCAAUGUCACCUUGAAACGUCACUGUCGGCAAAGAACGCCAUGGUGAAUUAUCGGUGCCACUGACUGGGUGGUAGGCGUGCGUAGUUCGUCAUUGUCAUGGAUGAUGCUAGUGUUCGUAGAGUCAAUGUCACAAACGGGAAACACAGUCAUGGCACAUCCCGAACACCAAUGACGACGACCCAAGACCAUCGACGAGAGGAAGCAGAUAUAUAAACAACUUCCUGACCUCUCCAUCAACAGUUUUCUUUCCCAUCAUCCACCACAGCAACAAUCAAGCAAUCCAGCCUCAUCACCAACUCCAACCAACAUCAAACCACUCCACCGAUCCACUCCAACCAACCAACCAACCAACCUUCAAAAUGCGUGCCUCCACCAUCAUCGCCCUCGCCUCCUCCACCCUGGUCGCCGCGGCGCCCACUCCCCGCGACACCAGCAGCAGCAGCAACAUCUUCGAGAUCAGCGACUUCGUCUUCGGCUGCACCAACGACUGCGGCUGGUCCUUCAAGGCGACCAUCACGGGCAGCAACCCACCGACCCACCCCAGCCUGGACACGCCCGUGACGUGCGCGGGCAACUUCAACGUGCAGGACCCGUCGUCGGGCCAGCAGUACGUGGACUGCAGCGCGACGGGCGACGCCAAGACCUCGCUGGUCGCCAACAUCGACCCCAAGACCAACGUCCUGAGCCUGUUGUACCUCGUCAGCGCGCCCGAGGACGGCAACAACUACCGCUACCUCGGCCAGAAGGAGGUCUACGCCGUCACCGGGCCCGACGCCGACAAGCAGGCCGCCGACUUCUCCGUCCCGCAGACCUUCGAGGCGGCCACCCCCAUCUUCUAGAUGGAUGAUGAUGCCGACGAUGAUGGGAACCAGAGAGCACCAAGGCGGAUAGCGUGCAGCGCUGAGAGAAAGAGAGAUGUGAGAGCAUGGCGGCAUUUGUUUCGGGCAUUGGCAUAGCGAACAAGGCAUUGAUUUGGGCAUUUACAACAACCAAAAAAACCCACCUUCCUUUUUUUCCAAUUAAUCAUAAUCAAUCAAUCAAAUUUGUUUCGGACAAA